AUGAGUCAACAACAACAACAACAACAACAACAACAACAACAACAACAACAACAUCAUGUACCAGCCUCUCGGUCUAUCAAUACAUCAUCCUCUUCAAUCACUGGUAUAGUCAUUGGUGAUAGUAGAGGUGAUUUAUCACCUUCUCAAACUUCAUCUUCUUCUUCAUCUUCAUCUUCCACAUCAUCUCUUCCUCCUCCUGUUUCUCCUUCUACUACUAUUGAACAACAACAACAACAACAAUUACCAGUAUCACCACCAUUUUCUCUUACAGAGAGUGUUGGAGUUGGUAUUAAUAGUAACAAGAAUCAUGCAGCAUUUCAGAUUCAACAACAACAACUCUAUCAAUUGUCUCUCAAUCCAGUAUUUCGUACAGAGGAACAAUAUGUCAAACAAAUCAUAUCACAAGCAAAGAAUCCUGAUAAAUUGCAAUUCCAUGAUGUUGUUUGUGUAUUUGAUAAGUUGAUUGAAUUGGCACAAAUAGAUGUAUUAUCAUUAAAAAAGAAUAAUUUUGAUUUCUUUCACAUGUUUAUGAAUAUAUUGUUGGAGAUUCCAUGUUUGACUUUGGAGGAAAGUCCAGAACUUCACAUGAUGUUACUCAAGAAGCUAAAUGGAAUCAUUUAUUCGAGUAUAUUGGUACAAACCUAUUGUUGUAGUGAUAGAUGGAUCAUCAAACUAUUGAACUUUUUAAUUGGAUGCUCAAAAGACAGUGAUGUCAUUGGUGAAAUAUCAAUCACCCUUCAAAUAUUAUCAUUUUUCAAUAUUAGUCCAAAGGAAUUAAAAUAUUUAAUUAGAUUAUUGGAAAGUGUUAAUGAUGAAAGACCAUUUUAUUGGAGUGUAUUAGUUGAAGUAUUGGAAUAUAUUUUUAAACAAAGAGAAGGACCAGAUUUAUAUUUUAAUUUUAGUAAUUCAAAUGCUGGAUUAAUGAUACCAGAAAGACAACCAUUUGAUGGAGGAUAUAGUAUAUGUUUUUGGAUUAGUAGAGAUGAUUUUACAAAUUUGAAAUAUAGUCCUAUAUUGUAUAGUUUUUUCACAGACGAUGAGACUGGUGUAGAAUGUUACUACCAACAACAGAAUUUGGUUUUUACAGUAAAGACAAAGAACAAGGUGGCAUUACAGAAAUCACAGUUUGUUAUGCAACCAAAGAAAUGGUAUUAUAUCUGUAUCUCUCAUGAAUACUUUUUGUUGAGAAAGUCUCAAAUAUCGAUUCAUGUCAAUGGAAAGCUCGAGGAAAAGAUCCCACUACUCUAUCCCAAAACAGACAAACCCUACACGAGAUGUCAUAUUGGAAACUCUUCAUCUCUUAGUAAUGGUUUCAUCGGUCGAAUGGGAUCAAUAUUAAUGGUAAAUGAUGCUCUCAAUCAACAAGAUAUUCAAAGUUUAUAUAAUCUUGGAAAGGAUUAUAAUUUAUUAUUAUAUGAAAAAAUACCUAAAGAUGGAUUAAUUGGUAUUUAUAAUGGAGAAUUAUAUUUGGAAAACAAAAAGAAUAUAAAAAUCAUGUUUAUAUAUAAUCCAAAGGCUACAGACAGAGCAUUAUGUUUUGAAGUUUCAAGUGGGGAAUUACCAAAUGCUGCGACCAUUAUGGAAGGUGUCAACAUUAUAAAAACAACACCACCUAUAGAACAAUUGGUAUUUAUUGGAGGAUUGACCAUGAUCUAUCCUCUCUUUAAUCAACUAGGUCAUCCAGUUUCGGGAAUGGAAACAAAACCAUCAGAGAUUGGUGAACAUACAACCAUUUCCUCUGGCUACAUCAACUUUAUUCCCAUUCCAAUGUUUCAACAUGCUCCUCCAGCCAUUUUCCCCAAACCGGCCUAUCUUGGUCACCCAUCAUGUCUCCUCAGACUAUUGUUAACCAUCUUGGAAAACAAUCCAACCUUUAGAGAUCAGAUCAUCGAAACUCAAGGUUUCCAAAUUAUAUCUUUCCUACUUCGUUCAACCAUCUCUUCUGCUCCUUAUUGGGCUCCUGAUGAUAUUGAAUCUUUAGGUAGAUUACUUUCUUUUUGUAGUUCAAAUAAUCAAUUAUGGGGAUUAACAAUUCAACAUUUAAUUAUAAAUAGUUUUCAAUUAUGGUGUAAAACACAUUCAUUGACACAAUUAUCAUUGUUUGAAAUGGUUAGACAAAGAGUACAAAAUAAUAUUCAUUUUUGGAGAACCAACAUUCGUAUUGAUCAAUGGUUGACCAUUAUGAAACGUUUCUAUACAAUGAACUAUGAAAAUGAUUUCAAUAGAGCCAUUGAAGAGGCAUCGGCGUCAUCAUCCAAAAGACAACCAGAUAUAUCAUCGAUUGAAAGAACAAAACGAGCAAGAUCACAGAUUAUUGUCAUUAUGAGAGAGAGUUGUCAUCCUCAAUUUACUUUGCAAGAAACUAGAUGGAUUGCACUCUAUUUGAAAGAGUCUACAGUCGAGAAUCAAGAAGAUGUAACAAAGAUGCUAGAAGAUAUGAUUCCACCCAUUCACAUUGGAGGUGCUCGUGACAUUUUAUUUGGUGAAUUAAUUGAUGACUCUAUCAAGGCUCGUACUCUUUUGCCAACCCAGUUGCCAUUGCCAUCCCAUAUCUCUUAUCUGUGGGAUGUGGAUUGUAUGGAAGAGAUUACAAAGAAGCGAGAGGAACAAAUCAUCGAAGAAAAGCUAUACUAUCUCUUGUUCAAACAUUGGAUCAAACAACGUAGAAAACGUGCAGGCAAUCUAAAUGGAGCAAGAGUGAAAAGAUCUGUCGAGUCUCCUCCACCUCCACCCAUUUCAAUUCUCUAUCGUCUCAAAGAAUUGGGUAUUCCUCAUAGCAGUGUCAUCAAUUCAUCUGCAUCUCUCUCCAUGACAACCACUACCAUGUCUCCAAGAUCUAGUACAGGAAACUCUCUUUCACCAACCACUCAAAGUCCAAUAUCCUCUCCUCCAAUGUCUCCCUCCUCAUCUCCUCCAAAAAAUCCUUCCAUUUUAAACAACUCUACUUUAAUUAAACAAGAUCCAAAUAAUAAUAAUAAUAAUAAUAAUAUUAAUAUUAAUAUUAAUAAUAAUAAUAAUAAUAAUUUAAUUGAACCAGAAGAUACGACAAUGGUUCAUUGGAAAUUAGAUAGAAGUGAAGGUCCAUGUAGAAUGCGUCGUAAAUUAAAGAGAAACUAUUUGGGAUCAGAUUACAAAGGAGUUUCUAAACAAAACAAGUUUGGAAGAAAUAGAAGAGCCAUUAUCGAUAUUUAUCAAACUGAAAAGGAAACAUUUUAUAUCGAUCAAGACUGUGGUGAUGGUUUGGGUCAUAUUAUCGUUCGUAUUGCUGGUGAUGCUCCUCUAAGUCCAAUGUGUCCAAUGUUUAAGGAAAGAGAAUUUGGAAUCCAUCAACAACAACAAAGAUUACAACAACAGCAGCAGCAGCAACAACAGGCACAACAACCAGCAGCAAGAGAAAUAUCAUUUGUUUCACAAACUCUAAUUAAUUUAUCAAAUGGUUUAUUGUCUCCAUCCAAAGAUAGAACAAGUGAUAAUUAUAGUAAUAGUACUAUAUCAACCAAAUCCCCCUCUUCCAAUAGAAGUUCAGUUCAACUAUCAUCUCCUUCUAGUACAACAACAACCACCACCACAACAAAUCAAAAUAUUUCAAACCCAUAUAUGCCAAACCAAUCAGCUGCUCAAGUUCCAAUUAAUACAUCUUCUCCAAGUAUUUCUGGAUUUGGUUCAAUUAGUUCUUCUAGCGGUGCCAAUAUUGCUUCCAUGUUUAAAGAUGGAGCAGGAACAAACUCUUUGGGAGGAAACCAAAGUGGAACUGGGGAGGAACGUGAAAAAGUAUUUGCUUCCUACUCUUGUCAAAUGGUUACUCCUAUUGGCGUCAUCCCGGGUAGAUUUAUUCUCACCAAUCAAUAUAUUUAUUUUGACAAACAAGUAGUAUACAACAACUAUGGUAGAAAACAAUUGGAAGUUGACCAUGGUUGUGUUGCAAUCAAAAAUCAUUAUAUCCUAAAGAUAAAGGAUCUGGUAGAAAUACAUAGACUUCGUUAUCUUCUUCGUUGGAACUCGAUCGAGUUGUUUAUCAACCACAAGAGUUAUAUGUUUACCUUUUCAUCAGAGAGUGAAUCUGUCCAAGCAUUCAACAAGAUUGUCAAUCUUCACCCACCCCUUCUCAAGGUAAAGUGGUCCGAUCCCCCAGACAAGAUCAUGAAACGUUCAAAGUUGACCCAAAAAUGGAAGAAUCGAGAGAUAUCCAAUUUCGAAUACCUCAUGGCCCUCAAUACCAUUGCAGGCCGUACCUACAAUGAUAUCUCUCAGUAUCCAAUCUUUCCACACGUCAUUGCCGACUACAAGAGCGACAAGCUCGAUCUCACCUCCAACGAAAGCUACCGUGACUUUUCCAAACCAAUCGGCGCCUUGAACCAACAACGUCUCGACACUUUGCUCAAGAGAUACGAAGCUUUCAAAGACCCACAGAUCCCUCCGUUCCUCUAUGGUUCGCAUUACAGUAACUUUGGUAUCAUUGCCUAUUACCUCGUUCGUUUGGAGCCAUUCACAAGCUACCAUCUUUCACUUCAGAGUGGAGUUUGGGAUCAUCCCCAACGUAUGUUUGAAUCGAUGGAGAAAAUGUGGGAUGGUGUUGUAAGCAACAAUCUGGCCGAUGUCAAAGAGUUGACACCAGAGUUCUUUUACAUGCCAGAGUUUAUCUCAAACGCCGAAGGAUUCUCUUUUGGAUUUGCCAACCAUCCCGAAGGCAACCUCGUACUGCCAAAAUGGGCUGCUGGGUCACCGGAAACAUUCAUCUCAAAGAAUCGUGAAGCACUCGAAAGUGAAUACGUCUCUAUGAACAUCCAUCAUUGGAUCGACCUCAUCUUUGGAAACAAACAAAAGGGACAGGCUGCCAUUGACGCCAACAAUGUAUUCUUUUAUCUCACCUAUGAAAACAACCAAGCUCUCCAAAGAGAUGAUCCAGAAGAACGUUCGUCUAUCGAAUCCCAAAUCAAGGAAUUUGGUCAAACACCUCCACAGCUCUUUACCAAACCUCAUCCCACUAGAAAAACACUUUCAGAACUCAAUCGUCCACAACGUGCCGAUAUAUUUAGUAAAAUCACCAAUCUAUUCCCUUCCUCUGUAAAUUUAAUUCAAGAUCUCGAAAAUAGCAACAACAACAAUAAUAAUAACAAUAAUAGUAGUAGUUCACCAUUGGUUGGUGGUCAACAACAACAAUAUCCAUUUAAAAUACUUAAAACCAAUAGUUGUUUACCUUUGGUACAUAUUGGAUGUUCGGAAACCGAUGCCAUCGUUUUAGUGUAUAGAGAUGGUGUGUUGGCAGUCAACCAAUUUUUGACCCAACCUAGCGGCAAUCUGCCAUUCACCUUUGAUAUUGACAAGACACUAUCAACCUACAAGGAAAAGCAAAUAGACACUUUGUUCAUGUCAGAUAGUGUCACUUGUAUAUCUAAUUGCUUUGCCAUGACACCCGAUGGAAAGAUGCUAUUCAGUUGCGCCAAUUGGGACAGUAUCUUUAAAUGUUGCAACAUUCAAAGCGGAAAGGUUCAUCGUAUGUAUCGUGACUAUCAUCGUGGUAUGGUAACGUGUAUCGCCAUGGGAUCCAGUGGAAAGACUCUCGCCACUGCUUCCACCGACACUAGUAUAGUGGUUUGGGACGAUGUUCCAUCGCUCAUCAAAUCUGAACGUGUCAAACCAGUCUAUCGAUUGACUAGUCACGACGAUUCUGUACAUUGCAUCGAUAUCAAUGAAGAGUGGGAUAUUAUAGCUAGUGGUUCUCAAGAUAGAAAGUGUAUCUUGCAUACUCUUCGAACCGGACAAUAUGUCAGAACACUCAUGCAUCGUGGUGCCGUCGAGAUUGUCAAGAUUAGUACCGUCGGUCAAUGGAUCAUCUCCUAUUGUUCCAUGUCCUAUGUCUAUGUCUACUCGUUUAAUGGAAAAUUACUUAGAAUGGAACAAUGUGACGAAAGAUUGUACGACAUCAAGCUGACGGGAGAAUCAACAACCAAAAAGGGAGGAGUAUUGGGAGUAGGAGACAGCACUCAAUUCCUGGUCACAGGUGGCACACGAGGAGUCAAAGUUAGAAGUCUUCCCGAUCUCUCCAUUGUACAUAGUUUUGAAAGUAGCACAACCAUUCGUACGAUUGCCUUGGUAGCUCAUGAAAAAUAUUUAAUGGUCGGUUUAAAUGAUGGCUCUUUGGUUAUCAUUCCAUUUGAACUUUCAAAUUUUAAUCAACCACAAUAA